GCCGCCGCCGCCGCUGUUGUCGCGCGGGUGUUUCGCGUUCGGAUAUCUCCGCACAGUCGGUCAACGAAACAGAAAGUGGCCGUACGUCGUCCGUGCCGCACGCGCCGCGACACACAAAACACACAAACACACAUACAUAACUCAAACACACACGCACUCCUCGCACACCUGUGACGAAGUACAAAUCGUUAUUAAUAAUAAUAAUACAUUUUUUUUGUUUGCCAUCAUUUUUGAUUUUUGAUUAUUAUUUUUUCGUUUCGUCUCGAGACRAUUUUGUGGGUUUCGUAUCGGMAAAUUUGACGAUCGUUUCCUUUUCCACUUCGUAUCACGUACGUAUUGUCGRUAUAAUAAUUUGAACGAAAAAAAAAACUUCUCAAUCUAUCAAUCCUUCGUCACCGCGARCGCCGAUUUUUCGAGUGCUAUUGGCGCACGCCGAGUAAUUUUUUUUUACUAAAACUAUAAAUCGAGAAAAAAAAACAAAUCUUGAACGCAAUCGACUGACGAGACACCGGAGUCCGUCGUCUUGGCCGGCGCGCGGCAUGCGAUUGCCGUCGCCGUGGUCGUCGUCGACUAACGUCGCCUGUCAUAGUCGUCGUUGAAUGGCUCCUCGACGGAACGCAAUGGGUUUCAACGGUAUCGGACACUUCGCCGACUUGUUCGGCCCGUCAACCACAACGGCCAUGGAACAGUUGUUCCAGCAGCAGCAACAGCAGCCCUUCCAACUCGUCCACCAACAGCAACAGCUCUUCGAAGAGUGUUGCGUGCCCACCGGCGACUGCAUCAUGCGGUCCUCGCCCAUCAGGCCAGAAGAUCCACGMGCCGCCGAACUGUACGCCCGCGUGGUGUGCAGCGACGGCGGGUGUUCGGCCGGCCGGUACAUGCACCGCGAGUGUUUCGACGCUUGGGAACGGUUGGUGCUGGUCUACAUGAAGAACGCGGCGGCGACGUACGCCAACGGUAACGCGCCGCAGUCCAACGGCCGGCGCAUCAAAGAUUUGUGGACGGUCAACGUCAACAACAACAACGUGGUGAACCUCAACAAGAAAGGUUACGAAAUGGCGUUCAAGGCCUGUGGCUGCCGCUGUGGCCGCGGUUACUUGAAGAAGGACUCCGAGUGGCCGCAGUCGUCGUCCGUUUCCGUUAUCCGGCGACGAUCGUCCGGUGGAAGCGCCGUCGCCGUGGACGACACGGACAGCGGCAGAGCGUCGGCCGUUCCGCCAACAGCCGGCAAAAAGAAGAAGCGCCGGCAGCCUGCCGCCAGACAACCGGCUGUCGCUGCGUCCACAAUGAUGGUCGACUACUCCGAACUGCGGCUCCGCACCGGUAGCAUGUCCGGUUCGUCCAACGGUUCCAGUUCGCCCGUCACCAAUUCCGCCAGCAGCGUUUCACCCGCUCACUCUGGGUCGUUCGGUUCGAGUACCAGCACCGGCGCCGGUUCCGGGUCUUCGUCGUCCAAGAAGCGUGGGGCCUGUUUCAAAGAUGUUUUCGAAAGGCAGUCAUCCAUGAAUGGCAAUGGAAUAUUUUGCCGCCGUCUGGACUUCAGCACAUUCAAUCGGCUACCUCGGCACAUGCUCAACUCCUAUCACGUAAAGAUCGAAGACGAAGGCAACCACGGAAACGACGAGACCAGAUCGUUCAUUUUGUCGUCGUUGGCCGCUCAAAACCAAUCGCGAGUCAACUGCGUUCUGUGCUCGGACGUCAUGUUGGUGUUCGACCGAUAUCCGCUGGUGGACGGUACAUUCUUCCUCAGUCCCAAGCAAUAUAACAAAAACGCUGUCGAGGUGAAAAAUGAGGGACGAGCUCUGUUCCUGAAUGCCGUCUGCAUGAAAUGUCUGGACGGAAAAGACGCCGACCGGAAGCUGUGUUGCCGAUUCUGCGCAACUCAGUGGGACGGUUCGUCGCUCAUUAUGGGCACCAUGUACGCGUACGACGUGUUUGCCGCCAUGCCAUGUUGCAACGAACGACUCAAGUGCAACGGCUGUCAGAAAGCACUGAUGUUGUCACACCAACGACUGAACUUCUACAGCGAUUAUAGCCGCAAAGUCACCUGUCCGCACUGCACUUCCGUCGAUUAUCACUUUGUCAAGCCGCUUGCGGUAUACUACACCCGACAGUGGCCAUAACAUACGGCCACGGUCCCGG